AUGUCUUCCUCCCCGGGACUCCUAUCGUCUCCUCCGGUUGAAGCCUCAUCGAGCAGCCGAGCAGCCAAGAAGGGUAAAGGAAAGGGCAAAGGGAAUGCGACGAAGGGCGGCCAGCAGGGGCGAUCGGGACCGUCCGUGGAAACUUGCUGGGUGUGCUUGAAAAAUGAAGGCAAAUAUAAAUUCGUUUGCUGUCAACGCCGGUAUUGUAGUAUUAAGUGCUAUAAAGAGCACACUAGCAAGCCUUGUACGGGCGGCAUGCGUCGCGACGAAGAUGCGCCUCAACGGAGAAAGCGGAAACCAUUGUAUGAUUUCCAAGAUGCUGAAUUGUCACUUUACAGUAGCUGCACCAAAGAAGACCUAGAGAAACUGCGGUAUUCGAAGCCUAUUUUGAAUAAACUGUCUCAUCCUGCCCUACGGAAAGUGAUAAAACGGAUAGACUCGGCCGAUGACAGAAUUGCAGCAUUGGAAAAACAACUAAGUUGCGAUGCAGAUUUCGUGUCGUUCGUGGACGAGUGUUUGGCGGCGGUCGGUUUUAAGUAUGUCGAGGAAGACGCGGAUGAAGUAGCGACUAAAAUUGAGGAAAAACCGCAGAAGUUGAUCGAAGAAAUCACGUCGGAUGAGUCCCGCAGCUCUAGUGAUUUCUCAUCAUCAUCAGGAGGGGAGGAUAGUGAUUCUGACUAAACGUUUCU